AAUAUGCUGGAAGCCCGAGGGCGGGCGAGGGGGCGGGCGCCCAGGAGGUGCUGAAGGGACAGUUCCCGCCGCCGAACUUGCCCCGCAGUGAGCUGGCGGGCGGGUGUGGCGGCCCCGGAAUCGGCGGGGCACGUGAGCGAUGGAGACUAUCUGGAUCUACCAGUUCCGCCUCAUAGUGAUCGGGGACUCCACCGUGGGCAAGUCGUGCCUCCUGCACCGCUUCACCCAGGGCCGCUUCCCGGGGCUGCGCUCCCCCGCCUGCGACCCCACAGUCGGUGUGGACUUCUUCUCCCGCCUGCUGGAGAUCGAACCGGGCAAGCGGAUCAAGCUGCAGCUGUGGGACACGGCGGGACAGGAGCGGUUCAGAUCAAUAACUCGCUCUUAUUACCGCAACUCAGUUGGUGGAUUUUUAGUAUUUGACAUUACUAACCGACGAUCUUUUGAACACGUGAGAGAUUGGCUAGAAGAAGCAAAAAUGCAUGUACAGCCAUUUCAGAUUGUAUUUCUGCUAGUGGGACAUAAAUGCGAUUUAGCUUCACAACGUCAAGUUACAAGGGAAGAAGCUGAAAAACUGUCAGCAGACUGUGGUAUGAAGUAUAUAGAAACUUCAGCAAAAGAUGCUACAAAUGUUGAGGAAUCCUUCACAAUCUUGACAAGAGACAUAUAUGAACUUAUUAAAAAGGGAGAAAUUUGUAUUCAAGAUGGGUGGGAAGGGGUUAAAAGUGGUUUUGUUCCAAAUACAGUACAUUCUUCUGAGGAAGCAGUAAAGCCCAGGAAAGAGUGCUUCUGCUGACUUCAAACAUGCCAAAGAACUAACAAGCAGAUUGUGUGUUAUUUCAGGAAAAAUACCAAUAAUAAGAACAGAAUGAUGUGAUGAAAGCAUUACCUGAUUCAUAUGCCCAUACUAACACUAUUUUGUAAGGUAUUUAAUUCAGAGCAACAUGCUUAUUUGUUACACUACCAGAUUAGAUAUUUUGCUAAAAUAUCAGGCAAAACAGACAGCUUUUUCUUAAAACUGAAUUAUCUAUAUAAUUACCUCUAUUCUUGCUUUGUUAGCCUAUAGCUGACUAUAGUGUCCAAAUAUGUCAAUAUUAUUCAUUUUUCUUCACAGUUUGAAAUGGGCAUUUUUCUGUGCACGUAUAGUCCAAUUUAAAAGCUUUCAUCAGGAACUGUAUUCUUUUUAGUUAAUUAAUAAGGCAUAGUAAAAUGGAUCUAAAAGUGUGCUGGUCACUUACAAAGCCUAGAGGUGUCAAUUAAGACUAAAAUAGCAAUUACUUAUUUAAGGGACCAAGUUUAUAAUCAUUCUCUGAAAUAUUAUCUUCCUUUAAUUUUGCCUGAACAUGAGAAAAUAUGGUUUAUACUCAUUUUGUUCUUUGAUUUAAUGCUCUUGAAAAUUUUAUGUUUUAUAAAGGUAUGUAAAAAUCCAAGCAAAAAUAUUUUAUUGCAAAUAUUUGUAAAAAUAAAAAUGUAGGACCAUGAUUCAGGAAAUGUUUUGAUGUUAUACUGUACUAUCCUUAUUUAGAUAGGAAAAACAUUUAUUUACAUGCUGACAUUUUCAAAGAAAGUAAAUGCAGUUUACCUUGAGCUAUUGUCAAAAUUAUCAAUAUAGGUAAAUACAGAAAAUUUCCAAAUUUUCCUAUUUCCAAUACAAGAGAAGUAUAGAAAAGAGUUCUAGACACAGAAAAUGGGUUAAAUGUUUGAUAUAUUUAGUAUUCAAAUUCUAUUUUACACUCUUAUCAUGAAAGUGAAGGUAGAAUAAUGAGUCAAUGGAGUUCAAAGACUUUUGAGUCCCCUAAUUUUUAUCUUACCGAAUAAACUUCUCUCCUGGAAGGGACAUUUUGAUCACAUUGUCAAUUAUUUUAUAAUGUAUAUUUCUAUUCUGUUCUGUAAACCAUUUCUAAUCACAAAGGAGCACCAAAUGAAGCUGCCUUCUUUAAAUCAUAAGGUUUUUUUUUAACUGUUAAACUGUAGUUGCUUCAUUUGUUUGAAAACAAACAUAGUAGAGGAGAAAGAAUAUUUAACAAGAAAUCAGAAAAAUGGUUUUCUAAGCUUUCCUGUGCUGUACUUACAUUUGACCAUGAGUAAAGAAGUCAUUUAACCUCAAAAGCAGUAGUUUUUUCUUCUAUAAAAUGAGUCUAGUACUCCAUUUAUUAUGUUUCAUGGAAGUAUUUUGAGAAUCAAGUGGAAAAGCUUUGUAAAUAGAGAAAUCACUAUAAAAUUGUGAGAUUGCUCUCAGCUGCUCAUGUACACACCAUUAUAUUUACAAUGGGUAAGAAGUUUGUUUUUUCAUAUUCCUUCCCUCCAUCCCCAUGCAAAGGAAACAGAAGUAAGUACAAGUUAUCAUGGACCUGGGGAAAUUCUUGGCCUUGACGCUUCCCUGCUGCCCUUUUACCCUGAAACACUGCUCUUCUUAAUUCAAUCAAAAGUCUUGUUCAAAAGAAGGGGUUGAAGUCCUAAAAGCACUGGGUUACUACAGACUUAUUUAAAAGCUCUUUAUAACAGCAGUGCUUGCUUAAAAACUUACAGGGGCAUUUUGUCUUGUAAAUCAUCAGCUACUUCCCAUUCUUAUAGCAUGAUUUUUUAACUUGGCCUCACACCUACCUGGGUAUUUCAUUCAGUUAUCAGGCAAAGCAGACAAUUUUUUCUUGAAACUGAAGUGUUAAUUACCACCAUUCUCAACUUUGUUAGCAUAUAUCUGACAAAUAUGUCCAAAAAUGUCAAUAUUGUUCAUUUUUCUUGACACUUUGAGAUGUUCUUUGUGCGUCAUUGAAAUAGAUAUUGAAUUGUAUUUUUAAUACUUGUACA